AUGCAAUUUUUAGACGAGGAAACGCCGUCGCAGUCGCUUUCCACAGGCGAGUCCGCCGCCGCAGGUUCUCCCGCUGAUCCCAGCACCUUUGGGCUUACCGCUGCGCCACCACUUCGACCGGGAGAGGAUACCGCCGGUAGCACUUCACCAGUCGAAGGUUCGCCCCACAGCAGUACCGCGUCCUCGGUGGCAAUGUCCCCGUCUUCAGACACCCAGCCAAGUGCUCACGGCGCCAUCCUACAACCAGAAGGUUCCCCUGCCGCGGAAGCCGCGAGCAAAAAGAGUGUACUAUUCAAGUACAUAGUGGGCGAGCCGGGCACCAAGGGAUCCUAUAUGCUCUUGGGUAGCCAGGUUUCCAAUUUGCAGGGAAGGCCAGCUUUGAUUCUCCUCUCUACCCCUAUAUCAGGUAAAUCAGCGGCAGAUGUGAUUCCGCGUGAAGUAGACUUCACAACACAUCCCUUCUACCGGAUACCCGGAGCCUCACGCUACGCUUCCGUGAGGGGAAUAAAACUCACAUUCUGGCAGCCGCUUCGCCGGAAAAGGUUCUUUGACGGAAGAUUACUGCUGAGGAUUAGAGAACUUAUGAAGCAGCCCGUGCUGGACUCAGACGGCCUAGAACGUCUAAUGCGAAAUCUUGAGGAGCUCGUCGAUCAUGCGGUGCAUCGUGAAAAGGAGGACAUCAGCGGUUUGAAACCCAGAUUGGUCGUGGAGAGACUUGCAUUUGCCUUGCUGGUGACGGAUGCGCUAUUUGCGGCCAGCGAAGUACUAGGCCCAGCCGCCAGGCGCUCAGAAUGCAAAAUAUUCUUUUCGCUCGACUCUUGCAGAGCGCUUUAG